UGUAGGGGUGAGAAAAGGUGGAUUAAACAAAUUAAUCGCCGGCGUCGCUCGUGAAUGAUAGUAGAACCCUACGUGCUUCCCCGGUCGAUUGGCCUCUGCGAUUGAUCUGUGGCCUCCUCUCAAAGAACCCUUCAAAUCCUCGACAUAGGAACUAAGUAAACCUUUGCUAACUUAGAGAUUCAAGAUAUCAUUGGAGUGAUCUGAUUAAGGAGAUGAAUGCUGUUCAAUCUAUUUUUCAUACAACUGGAGGGAUCGUCUUGAAUGGAGUGAAAAUGAAAAGUGUUGAAAACUUAUGUUCUGCAUGUCCGUGUUUAAAAGCUUCUCGUCUACCUCCUUCUGUAUCAUUCAGAUUUCAGCAAGAUAAAUUGCACCUAAGGUUGAUUUUUAAUCCCCUCAAAAACAAAAGAUGUGCUUCAGUACUUACUUUUGGCAAAAAAGGAGACUCUUUGAGUGAAAAUGAGGAAUUACCAAAGAAACCGGGAAACAAUUUUAGGAAGGAGCUCACAGUACAAGAUGUUUUAAGGGAGUAUGAGAAGGAAAAACAGUCCAAUGGUAGUGGCAGUCAUCGAAAGUCUUUUUGGGCUUUCUGGGAUCGUGGUGAUGGUUCAAGUGGCCUGAAUGGCGAAGGAUUUCAAGUUGAGGAACUGGUUCAAGUGAUUAUGGCAAUCAUCGGUGUUAUAUUCCUGUACAUACUGAUAACCAAAGGCCAGGAACUGUCUCUUCUUGCCAGAGACUACAUCCGAUAUCUUUUGGGGGCCAAGGCUAGUGCCAGAUUGAUCCGGACGAUGGACAAAUGGAGCAGAUACGCAAAAGCAUUAUCUGGAAGGGGAUUAUGAGAUAAAAGAAGUUGUAGAGAAAUACAAUUUUUUAAAAUAGCAAUUAGUUUGCUUAUUUAAAUGAACUGGUUUGGGUUCGAAAUCAGUCGCUUAUAAAUUUUGAGAUCAGCUUCUGCUUCUUUUGUGAUCAUAGUCUGAUGCUUACUUGUGUGAAGUUAAUGGAACCUGUUUUCCUGAAAA